AUGAGCAACAUCCAACUCAUCCAGACUCUGACCGAGUCCUUUGUUGCGCUCUCGGAUGAAGUUCAGUCGCUGAUUGACCGCAAGACCAUUUUAGAGCACAAAUUGCGUUAUGCGCACGAACAGUACCAAUACCUCGCCGAUAAGUACGCGCCUGCCGUGCCCGAAGUAGCCGAGACGCUGGUAAAGCUACAGCUGCCCCCAGAUCUUCACCAACCUGUCGCGGCGGCAACCUCGGCCGUACCUUUGCCGAAACGUAGCCAGCCCGGAAACAGCCAGCACCAGGUCGCGCUGCUUAUCAGGGCGGGCCGCAAAGCUGCUCAGGAACUCGUGGCCGGCAUCGUCAGUGCGAACCGAGGCGGGGAAACCGGGGAGGCCGACGAACAGCCAACGUCACUAGACAUGGAUAUCGUAACAUCGGUGUCGACCGUCCUCGAAAAGGACUUCACCGUGGAAGGCAAGAAAGGCGUAUUAGCCUGCCCAUUCUCGGCCCUGCCGAAUCAAGACGGCGGCCUUCUCGAGGGCGUUGAGCGGGUCGACAGUCUUCAGGACCCAGCUGGCGCAGCCGACCACUCGCCGCACAAGUCAUCUGACCCCAUCUGCGCUGCCAUGCUCAACGAGACGGCCGAUCCGUCUGUGUCUGCUCCAUCCAAGUGCCCGAUUCGUUUCCUAGACAAGCAUUCGCCUGAAGAAAUUGCCCACUACGUUGAAACGCACAAGCAUUCGAUCCCUCGAAGCCAUGAGGUCUGCGUUAGGCGGUACCAGAAAAACGAGGAGCAGAUCAAGAAGCUCGAUGCCAAAUACGGGAGCCUUGUGAGCAUGGUCAAGGACCUGAGCCAUCUCCACCGUCCGAUGAUGCCGCCCUCAAGGCAGGACCAGAGGGACUCCGACAGAGCGUCAACCAAGAGAGUAGAAGAUUGGACACAGACGGUUGUGGCGGGUGAUCCGGAGCCAGAUAGCGACAAAACAUCAGUAAGUGAUGAGCGCGAGAGCCGCUUUGACCGCCCCAUGAGGGACGUGCGGGUUGGGGAAUCGCCUAGCCGGCCAUGGGGGAUCUCAGUACCCUUGGACGCGGGAAUUCGGCAGCGUGAGCCAUCACCCAAGCCUGUAGGCGACCCUGCGCGGGCGCUUAAGGAACCGAUAGGCCCUCGAAAAUGCCCGUUUGAUCAUACCAAGAUGUUCCCGGGAGCAAAGCGAGAGGAUGUCGUGGUGGAUGCUCCGGUCGAGGCGCCGGCCGCCCCACCCAAGAUCGAGGUACCGCCGCCGAACACGCCGCAACCCACGUUUGUUAACCUCCCCGAGGUACCGGCAUCAACUGAGGGGAAGGGCGAUCGCCCGCAGGUUGUUUUCAACAUUUCCGGCCCUGUCUUUAUUGGGUACCCGAUGGAGCAAGCCAUGGAGUUUAUGAAGCAGUUUCAGGGACACUGA